AUGAGCGGCCUCAACCUUCGGCCGUUGCUGCCGGCUCCCCGGGGGCCCAGCACCGACGACGACACCACCUCCGACUCCCAUCCCGCCCGGCGACAGAACUCGGGCGCCUGUGACCGCUGCCGCAGCCAAAAGAGUCGUUGUGACCGCAGCCGGCCCAAAUGCAGCCUCUGCGUCAAGCGACAAGUCCACUGCUUCUACAGCGCCGAUGUCAAGAAGCAGUCUCUCGAGGUCCACAAGAGGCAGGGCGAACUCCUCCACAUGAUGCGCACCGCACCAGAAGACGAGGCCUUGGAUAUUCUAUUUCGUCUUCGGGCGACGGCCGACCCGCAGGCCGUCCUCGAAUCGUCUCGAGGCAACAUGAGCCGGCGGUACCAGCCUUCUGCCAUCGAGGCCGCCCAGUCCAGCUCAGCGCCGACGACCUUCUCGGCUCUCGAGUUUGAGUUGUCCAUGCGCCACACCCUGCCCUAUCCGCCCAUGUCGCCUGUAGACACGGCGUCAGUUGACCUGAAGCCGAUCACUCCCAUGAACGGGACAGACCACGUCUCCCCUGCCCCGUUUGAUCCCCGCCAGCAUCUCCACGGACCCGGUGUCCAGGAGAACUUGUGCGACGACCGGCUGCAGAACCUCGACAUCUCGUACUGGACGACCGUGCCACUGCCGAGCAAUGUCGCUGCCAGGAUAAUCUCGACCUAUCUGCAGACAAAUCACCCAAUAUGGGGCCUGUUUCAUGCUGAUCUCUUUGUUCGUGACCUUGUCGAAAAAAGACUCGAGUUCUGCUCUUCGUUUCUCGUCAAUGCGCUGCUCUGUUACGCAUGUCAAGCGUAUGGUGUGACAGACCCCAGCUUACCGGCACUGAGCAUCCCUUUCGCGCAAGCCACAGAAGCCCUGUGGCGGGCCGAGCGCUCCACGAAUUCCGUCAUGAACAUUGCUGCGAUCCUGAUGUUCUCCCUAUGUUGUCACACCACAAAUUGUGGCGUCAGUGUUGCCGAGCUCAUGGUCGAUGGCCGGCGCAUGGCAGAGCAUCUACACCUCUUUGGGGCUCCGAACAACACCACUGCGGUGCACAACAGCUUCGAUGCGCUCAACGACGAGUGGAAGCGAGCAACCGCGCAUAUCGCCUGGGGGGCCUAUGCCUGGAUGACGAUCAACCUAUACUUUACCCCGACCAUGAAGCCGAUCCACGCCCCGCCGUCGUUUCCGAUCCCGGGUGGCCGCGCAGCGGAUCGAUCGGAUUGGCCCGUGGAUAGUCUGCCACCAUACUACGGCAGUACUUUUACUGCCCUCUGCCAGCUCUGGACCAUCAUGCAGGAGGUUGCCGCGCUUGGACGGGGCUGA